CCGGACUGCGCAUGCGUCCAGAGCGAGACUUUUUGUUGGCAGCUGCCGUUGGUGCCGUGAACGGUCGACGGUGAUGUGGAGGAAAUAACGGCUGUCCAGCUCCUCAGCUUUGGAUAGGAAAUGGCGAGACGAGAGCAGAUAUCUUUCCAUAAACGUUGUGAUAUUGUAAUUGAGCGUGUCGCUUCAUAAAAGCGUGUUUUUAUAUUUCUUUGUUUUGACUUUUACGGGAGGGAGAAGCAACAGCGAGCUAGCGCCAGGCUAGGAGAGGCUGGCUAACGGCAGCUCGGCUCGUUAACGGCUCCGCUGCGGACACGAAGAGGUUUGAAAUCGACUUGAGACGAUGAGCUGAAUUGAUGCUUUGAUUGAAACAACUGCAGAGGAGAUGAGUCAACUUUGGCGGCGAGACUUAACCAUGUCAGAGAGGUUGGGGAAUGACUCUCCCGUCGGCAUUGCCCCAGGGCCCCCAGCCACUGCGGCCCCACAGGGAUCCAACACCUCCUGGAUACCAGAAGCCCCAGUGGUCACACCAGGAGAGCCGUUUUUCCUCAUGACCUCCCUUGCCCAAACUAUAUCGGGGUUCUUUGUUUGGACAGCUCUUCUGAUCACAUGUCACCAGAUCUACAUGCACCUUCGUUAUUACAGCUCUCCAAAUGAACAGAGGCACAUAGUCAGGAUCCUCUUCAUAGUCCCCAUCUAUGCCUUCGACUCCUGGCUCAGCCUUCUUUUCUUCACCAACGAGGAGUAUUAUGUGUAUUUCGACACGGUCCGAGACUGCUACGAAGCCUUUGUCAUCUACAACUUCCUGAGCCUUUGUUAUGAGUACUUGGGAGGAGAGAGCGCUAUCAUGGCCGAGAUCAGAGGGAAACCCAUUGAGUCAAGCUGUAUGUAUGGGACCUGUUGUCUGUGGGGAAAGACGUACUCCAUUGGUUUCCUCAGGUUUUGCAAACAGGCAACUCUCCAGUUCUGUGUGGUGAAACCACUGAUGGCAGUGAUCACCGUCAUUCUUCAGGCCUUUAAGAAGUACAAGGACGGAGACUUUAAUGUGGCUAGUGGCUACCUGUACGUGACUAUCAUCUACAACAUCUCCGUCAGUCUGUCGCUCUACGCUCUCUUCCUCUUUUACUUUGCCACGCGUGAACUGCUCGUCCCGUACAACCCCGUGCUCAAGUUCUUCAUGGUCAAGUCAGUCAUCUUUCUCUCCUUCUGGCAAGGGAUGCUGCUAGCCAUUCUGGAGAAGUGUGGAGCCAUCCCUCGGAUCAGCUCGACUAACUUCACAGUGGGCGAGGGAACAGUUGCCGCUGGUUACCAAAACUUCAUCAUCUGCAUUGAGAUGUUCUUUGCUGCUGUCGCUUUGCGCCAUGCCUUUACUUAUAAGGUCUACAUGGAUAAAAGACUUGACUCAUAUGGCUCGUUUCCUAUCUAUGGACAGUACGGUCGCUGUGCCCCAAUGAAGAGCAUCUCCAGCAGCCUGAAAGAGACCAUGAAUCCAGGGGACAUGGUCCAGGAUGCCAUCCACAACUUCUCCCCAGCUUAUCAGCAGUACACCCAGCAGUCCACGCUGGAGCGAAGCGGGGGGCCACCGCUCUCCCGCAGCCACAGUAACCUCAGCACCCGUGGGGACAACGAAAAGACCCUGCUGCUCAGCUCUGACGAUGAGUUCUAAGACUGAAACGUGCACUCAGAGGCUCACUUUGCUCCUGUAGCCCAUAUCGAAUUUUUUUUAUCAGUUAUGCGAGAUAAGUCAGAUCUUUUGUUGCUACCUAGACAUGGAAGAUCAGAUUCUGUUUUCUCUUCUUUCUUUUUUUUUCACAUUUAGACAACAGUGAAAAGAUUUAUGAAACUCUGGUAGGAAGGAAUCGAGAGUUUUUACAAGGAGAAAGAGGAAAUAACUGUUACACUAGAAAAGAGGAAGCAUGAAGAGGAUGGAGGGAUUGUUAUGAAUAUAGCUGGGAGAGAUGUUUAAACAUUAGGUUUAUUAACUGUUGUUGUCAUAGAGGCCAUUACUGACAAAUACCAUAUCUGUAUCCAUCUAUUGAAUAUGGAUUGAUAGAAAUAACUGUGGCUGCAUACAGCAUCCUUAUGCUGCACUUUAAACACUAAAGCAAAAAAGAUAGAUUGGACAGAUAUAAAGUUUACGCUAGAGCAAAUAAGUGCCAUCUUCAUCUGAAACUCAUGGCCUCCUUCAUCUUUUACUCUGCAUAUCGAUUCUCAAUCCAUACUCCUCUGCCAAUUCUGCCUCAUACCGAAACAUUGCCAAAUAGAGGGAGCAUCACCCUGUGCUCCAGUUAAUGAGACACGCUGUCUUAAGAUUGAGAAUUGAUUUAUAGUGAAGCAAAACUACAGAGCUUUUGAAUGACCACGCUUCAUUUUAAUAUAUUAUAAUUAAAACACACUUUUUUUUUUUAUUAUUUAAAUGUUGUAUGACCUUGAAGGUGUAACUCAUUUAAACACUAGUUUGUUGGAAAAUUGUUAUUCCGGAAAUAUAUUCUGUGUUUGUUUUCAUUUUGUCGUGGGUUCCUUUUGGACAAGUGAUUUAAAAGAUUAACUGUUUGACUCCAGCUCGUUUGCCCGACCGGGGCUCCUCACACACAGCUCAGUUGGAGCGCUGAGGAAACAGCUGUAGAGAUUUCAGUGUGGGCAGAGAGACUGAUGGAAGGACAACACCCACACAGAUUACAGAUUACUGAAGAAGCAACACUUCCCUGCAGAGCCGGCCCAGCUGUGAUGUGCUGUGGAUUGUAAUCCCAUAAUUAAGGGCAUUACAUGUAGCACGGAUCAGGCCUGCAUCUGCCGGUAUUAUUCAUAAUGGCCUCCCUCACUGCUGUUGUAGCGAGGACGUUGGUCAUGGCAGACAGAUAAGGCCAUGUAAAGACGUGUCUGUGCAAACUAGGAAAAGGAAUAUAUGUAUGGGCAUUAAAAGUUAUGCAAGAUGCAUACAAUGUUGAGGAAAAUAUAUAUGUACAGGGGCACAGUACAUCAAAAGAUGGUGAUGCUUGUUAGAUAAGUCCAAACCUUCAAGUCUGCCUGAGAUAAUAAAACUGUGUUUGAGUUAAUUGUUCAUACAUUAUCAACUGACGUGUAUAUGCGUUUUAGCAGAGGCCAGUAUAGAAGCUGCUUGCAGUCGUGAUUGUAAAUGUUUGAUGGCGGAGCACGGCGGUAUAAAAGCUGAGCAGAUCCUUGUGACGGGUGACACUGAGCCCAAACGCUGCCUCCUAAAUGUGUGAUGAUCGUUUUUCCCUCGUUAUGUUGAGUGCAGAGCGCAAACACAUUUCACGCGUUGGCUCAAUCCUAUCGACUGCAGGUUAACGAACAGUGCAGUCCUUGUGGAUAAUGAAUGUAUCAGCCAAACUGACGUGCGUCUUCAGAAGAGCACAGUCCACUUCCCUACGUGAAAAUCUUAUUCAGUUAGCAGAAUAAUGAAAGUGUUUGUUGAAUUGUUAAAAAGUUGGUUUCCAGCCAUGACCGCUAACCCAUACCCCUGCCAGCCACCUCCCACACUCACUGAUUAAUGCAUUACUUUGUAAUGGGUCUUUCCACUGAAGCUGCAGUGCUUCACUUAAAGGCGAGGUUGAGUAAAUUUGUCCUGUUAACGUAACAUUAACUUAGUGGUAAUAAAAAAAAAAGUGAAAUUCACUGCCCUAUGCUCUGCCCCUAUAUAACAGCGUAUCACACUGAGGCAUAUUGAUUGAAAACACAGUAAAAUGAUUUGUUUUGAUACAAAGCUGAAUAUAUUAAAGAAAUAUUAUACCAGAAAGGAAAGAGCGUUGUAAAUAGAGUAAAACUAGGCAAUGACAAUGACUGUAAUGGCAUUGCUUGGUAUAGUGCUUUAGUUUAAUAUUUUAAUUUUCAUAUAUUCUCUGGUUUUAUUUCUGUUGUAUACUUUUUAAUUUGUAUAUUGGUAAUAUUAUCUCAUGUUUUUGAUGCUAUAUUGGUUUCUAUUGUUGAAAAGGAAAUAAAAGGCAAACGCAAACAGGA